AUGGAGAAUUAUCAAGGUGAUUUAGCUGACAUGCUUAGAGCCAGCGGUGGAGCAAUUAGUGGUUACAUAGACAACAACUCCGGCCAAGUACAGGCAGUCAACGACUGGCAGUUUCGGUCCGAUCCCAUGAGCUAUCCUUCAGGGAUCGAAGAACCAUCGGAUUAUUUUGGCAAUCCGUUCUCUAUCAUUAAAGAUCCACUUCUUCAUGAAAUAGAUUUUCCGAAUCCAGGCCUUUUCAAUAACUCCAUAAGUUCAAAAUGCAUGAUGAAGACUGGCGUAAGUGUUGAAGGCGCAGGUGGCUGCGGUGGUGGCCGUGGAGAUGGUGUUAGUUUUGCUCAAAAGAUUCCUGACGAGGAGAUGCAAAGGCCUUGCAAUAUCUUCUCAAGAAUGCUUCAGAUCUCUCCAACUGCUAAGUUGCCGGUGUCGCCAUGUGAUUCUCCGGUGGUGGUGGCAGCUUCGCCGCGGGUACUUAAGCCUACUAGCUUAGUGUCUAAUGGUACGAUUAGUCGAAGCAGCUCCAAAGGUUACCUAGUUGAAACCUCUGGGGUUCAGGUCUCAUCUCCGAGAAAUACGGUUAUUAAACGAAGGAAGAGCCAGGCAAAGAAGGUGGUUUGUAUACCAGCACCAUCACCUGUAAACAGCAGGCCUAGUAGUGGAGAAAUAGUUCCAUCUGAUCUCUGGGCAUGGAGAAAGUAUGGUCAGAAGCCUAUAAAAGGCUCUCCGUACCCAAGGGGUUAUUACAGAUGCAGUAGUUCGAAGGGUUGUUCAGCAAGGAAACAAGUCGAACGGAGCAGAAAUGACCCCAACAUGUUGGUCAUCACCUACACUUCUGAGCACAACCAUCCAUGGCCUACCCAGAGAAAUGCUCUUGCAGGCUCUACUAGAUCCCAACCAUCGAAGAAAAAUUCAACUUCAAAAAAUUCACCAGCUUCUCAGCCUCAAAAAACAACAAGCUCGAAAGAAGAACAGAAAGAGACCAAUACUGAAUCUGAUAACCUAUCCAUUCUCACUGGGAAUUCAAAAACACGUCAACAUGUGAAAGAGGAAAUGGAAGAAGACCUUGAUUAUCAAAUAGACAUGGAUGAUAGUGAAUUUAAUGAAGGGUUCCCUCCGAUCUACAGACCAGCAUUGCCAGAAUCCAAUCAUUCUGAAGAUUUCUUUGCGGAUUUAGGAGAAAUUGAGGCUGACCCUAUAAAUCUCUUGUUCACUCGAGGAUUCUCAGGAGAUGAGAGAGAAAACAGCAAGGGUUCGGAUCCAUUUGGUUUGGGUUAUUGGAUAGGAAAUAACAACAGCACAUCGUUCGGCGAAGCUUAG